AUGGCCGCAAACACAGACGCCGCAGCAGAACAAACCCAAGCCUCAACAGGCAUAACCCCAGCCACCCUCUCCCGCACCCUCGAACAAAAACUCUCCGCAUCGCACGUCGACAUUUCCGACUUGUCCGGCGGCUGCGGCCAAAUGUUCGAAGCAAUCAUCGUGUCCCCCCAGUUUGCGUCCAAGACGACGCUUGCGCGGCAUAGGUUGGUGAAUGGGGUGUUGAAGGAGGAGAUUGCGGCGAUUCACGCGUGGACGCCAAAGUGUUUCACGCCGGAGGAGUGGGAGAGGAAGAAGGGCGGGGGGUGA